AUGCAUGUUUUGGGGGUGGGUGGGAAGAGUUGGCAAGUGGAUGGGAGAGGUAAGGAGCCGCGACUGGCGCCGGUGCAGCUGCGUGGCCGUGUUGGGUGCAGUGUUCGGUCGGUCGCCUGGCUGGUCGCGGGAGCAGUAGCAGACUGCUGGUGUCAAUACGGCUACUACACUACAUGGCUUCCCCUGCCUGCCUGCCUUGCUUGCUUGCCUGCUGCUGCUACUGCAGGUAGUCCAGCCAGCUGUGGCUGCCGUGGUACCGGUCCACCGGUGGUAGAUGCGGCAGCUGGCUAG